GGUGUCUCUGCUCCAGUCUCGCAGCUGUCUGGCCGUGGCGGUGCCGGGAUGGGGCGGGCCGGGAUGAUGCUUUGGGCCCUGGCAGCGGCGUGCCUGGCUGGUGUCUCCGGUGAUGAGUUUAGUAUCUUACGAUCACCCCAAUCUGUCGUUUUCCGAGAUGGAAGUUGGCCAAUACCAGGGGACCGGAUCCCAGACAUAGCUGCAUUAUCCAUGGGCUUUUCUGUUGAAGAAGACCUUUCCUGGCCUGGACUUGCAGUGGGUGAUAUAUUUCAUCGUCCUCGAGCUACUGUUCUGGUGACUGUGAAGGGAGUGGACAAGCUGGCGAUGCCUAAAGAUGGAAUUUCUUACCCUGUUGAGAAUGCUGUUCCUUUCAGUCUUGACAGUGUUGCAAAUGCUAUUCAUACCUUGUUCUCUGAGGAAACCCCUGUAGUCUUGCAGUUGGCUCCCAGUGAGGAAAGAGUUUAUAUGGUGGGAAAGGCAAACUCUGUAUUUGAAGACCUUUCUGUCACGCUGCGACAGCUACGGAACCGCCUUUUCCAGGAUAACUCCAUUCUCAGUUCAAUUCCCCUCAACUCUCUCAGCAGAAACAAUGAGGUUGACCUGCUUUUUCUAUCAGAACUACAAGUCCUGCAUGAUAUCUCCAGCUUGUUGUCUAGACAUAAGCAUCUGGCGAAGGAUCACUCCCCAGACUUAUAUUCACUGGAACUGGCUGGCUUGGAAGAGAUUGGGAAACGGUAUGGAGAAGAUUCUCAACAAUUCAAGGAUGCCUCUCAGAUUCUUGCUGAUUCCCUGCAAAAGUUUGCAGAUGAGAUGUAUAAUCUCUACGGUGGGAAUGCUGUAGUAGAGGUGGUGACUGCAAAGACAUUUGAUGCUUCCCUUGUGAGGAAGAGUCGGUCCGUUCUCCAGACUGCAGAGAGUACCUCAUAUAACCUAGGAUAUUCAUACAACUUCAACUAUGCUGUGGUCUUCAACAUAAUUCUGUGGCUCAUGAUAGGCCUUGCAUUAGCUGUGAUUGUAAUCUCCUACAACCUCUGGAACAUGGAUCCUGGCUAUGACAGCAUUAUUUACAGGAUGACAAAUCAGAAGAUAAGAAUGGAUUGAACUUCAGUCCAGGGAAAGGAGUAUGGCCACUUCUGAAAUGCGAAUAGUACUACCAGAGUGGAUUUACAAAGCUGAAUCUACCACCUGCUAUAAAACCAUGCCCUAAUUAUUACUAAACUAUAUAACUUCAUUCCAUUUUGGUAACACAAAAUGAAUUUUAGAAACAAUACCCUGUAUUCCUUGUGAUUAAAUAUGUGAAAAAAUGCACUGAAAUAAUAGCAACUUUCUGAUUUAAACUUUUUACACAGGAGGUUUAGAAACUAUUGUUAAGCUGUGUUGUAUAUUAUGAACCAGAUGUAAAUGUUUGUUUGAUGUAAAUAUUUCUAAUGGUAUAUGUAGUGUUCAGGGAAAAACAGAUUAUAGCCCUAUUUAUGUAAAGCCUGCACUAUGGGAAUAGUUCCACAAGAACAAUUCUGGCUGAAACAGUAUUUGGGUUUUUUUACAUUCCAGCCACCACCAUGAACCGUAGCCAAAAUGAGGCUUGGUGUAGAUCUUAUCAGCUCACUGCUGCAUUUAAAAGGACUGCAGAGAGAUAAUAGGUAAGAACACUGGUGUGGCUGGGGUAUACAGUUAGGAAACUACAAAUAUAGAAACUAGUCUGGGUGCUUGAAGUUUAAUGUAAUAUACUGUAGAGGCUUACAUUAUGAUGCUUCUGAUUCUUUUCAUGUAUGUUCAAACACCUGUUUUUGGUGGUAGAAGUGGACCAAUAACUGGCUCUUAGCCACACUCCAUUUUUAUUACUUAUGUGCUUCAAACAUUAAUAAACAGAACAGGUAACA